AUGAUGAAGUAUUUGCUGGUAUUUGCAAUUAUUGCCACAAGAAUCCCUGCGUUGUUAGUAAUUGGCAGUGAGGAUAACCGUGUUCCAGGAGACAAGAAGUUGACGAAAGAGGGAGCAGCGGCACUCUGUAAAAUGAAGCAUCUUGCUGAUAAAGUUGCAGAGGAGAGAUCACAAGAGUUAAAGGAUAGAACUCAAAAUUUUGCUGGUUAUAUAGAGUUCGAGUUGUAUAGAAUAGAUUAUUGGUUGGAAAAGCUGAACGGUCCGAAGGGGCGAAAAGACGGUUAUGCUAAGCUGUCUGACUCUGAUAUAGAAAAAGUAAAGGAGAUAUUCAACAAGGCAAAAGAUGGAAUAGCUAAGCAACUCCCUGAGGCAAAGAAAGCCGGUGAGGAAGCUGAAAAACUACACACCGAAGUGAAGAAGGCCGCGGCGAAUGCACGUGGACAGGAUCUUGAUGAAUACAGGCAGAAGUCCACUGGCUUGUACAGGGUGCUGAAUUGGUACUGCAUUACUAAAGAAGAAAGGCACAACGCUACCCCUAACUGUGACGGAAUCCAAUUCAGAAAGCAUUAUCUGUCGGUGAAUAGAAGCGCUAUUGACUGCAGCAGCACCGGCUAUGAGGAGAAUUAUGAUUGGUCUGCGAACGCGCUGCAGGUGGCCCUAAAUAGCUGGGAGAAUGUGAAGCCAAAAAAAUUGGAGUCAGCCGGGUCGGACAUGAAUUGCAACAUCGGCCAAUCUUCCGAGAGCCAUCCAUGCACCAUGACAGAGGAGUGGCAGACUCCAUACAAGGAAACUGUCGAAAAGCUAAGGGAACUUGAGGAUGCGUACCAAAGGGGAAAGAAGGCUCAUGAUGCUAUGUUGGGUUACGCUAAUACCGCAUAUGCUGUGAACACGAAAGUGGAACAGGAAAAGCCGCUGACAGAGGUGAUAGCGGCAGCCAAGGACGCAGGGAAAAAGGGCGCGAAAAUUAUAAUACCCGCAGCUGCCCCAGCAACACCGACUAACAGCACAAAAAAUGAAGAUAGUGCUUCAACCGAGCAUGUUGAUAGAGGGAUUGCAACAAAUGAAACACAGGUGGAAGUUGGUAUUGAUGCUGACUUUGAUAGUCUCCUAGAUGCCACAGAGGCUGCAGAGGUAACGCGUAGACAUCAGAGAACAGCAAUGAUUAUAUUGGCAGUCCUUGUACCUGCCAUUAUUCUUGUGGUUACGGCCGUUGCAUUCUUCAUAAUGGUGAAACGAAGGAGGAAUAGCUCCAAGGAUGUGGACACCGGAAAAGCGGAGGGUGGGGUUUCUAGCGUAAAAGUAGUAAUGUAG